UUUUUUUUUUACCAAAGCUGAGGUACGAAACCCCCUUGACAUUUCCUUACCACAGACACAGUCAGAUGAGAUACAGGAAGGCAUGUGAAACAAACGCGCCAUAACGCAGGGGCUUGCUGUGAACAGACCGUCUCCCGCGGCCCAUCAUGCCGUCUCCUGGUCUCCUGACCCGCUGGAGCGGCCCGCGGUUCUUGUGUCUGUUAGCCCUGAGGGUGAUGGUGGUGGCAGCCACGGUCAGCAAAGGAUGUGAGGCCCCUGGGAAACCGAAGUGUUUUAGGAAUAAUUCCAGUUCACAAAAAUACACAUGUGAAUGGGAACGGUCCUCCUCUGCUACUCAUGUGACCUAUGACCUGUUACUCAACACGACAGAACCGCCCUUUCAUGUCGUGAAUGAAAUGUCGUGGAGGGACUUAUCGACCAACCGGACUUACCUGGAUAAAGACGACCUCAUCAAGAACCGAACAGUCUCCAUAGUGGUCACAGCCCACGCUGGGAACGCCUCUUGUACCUCCAACAGCACUACUGUGGUGCUGAGUACCGUAGUGAAGCUUCCAGAGCCGGUGAAAAUGGCUGCCUUGUGGUCCGACCACAAGCUCAAACUAACAUGGCCAAGCCAGGGGGAUUCUGCCUCUGCAGAGGUUCUGGCUCGACACGUGGAAAACAAAACUCAGACAUGGAGUCAUGAAGUGAAAAAAGAGACUAAUGUGUACUCUGUGUUGCUGGAGGGUCUGGAGACACAGAGGGCCUACCAGGUCCAGGUUAGACAGAGAUCCACGCAGGUCAGCACCCCCUUAUGGAGUGGCUGGUCCGCAAACCUCACUGUUCCCGCAGAAAUCCUACAAAGCCUAGAUGUUGAGCUAAAGACCAUCACAGAGGUUGACAGAGGGAUACGGCAGCUUGUGUUUACAUGGAAGGCGGUACCUCCAGCAGCGCAGGCCGGAGGGGUCAACUACACCCUGACUUACCUCCCGUGCUGCCCGUGUGCAGUAAAGGAGAAGGCUUGGUGCCAGAUCACAGUGCCCUCCCUCAACCACACCAUCCACGUGACCAACUCUGCCUUCAACCUCUCCAUCAGGGCUGUGAACACGGCCGGAGCCUCCAGCAGAGGUUAUGUUAACGUAGCGGCAAAACCUGACCAAGAUUUAAAAGCAUGUGAAAAAAAUGUAACCUUUCACGGAAAGCAUGUGGAGUGGUAUGAGUUUAAAGAGGGAGGCACAGCUAAAGAGAGGACUCUACGUAAGGAGAGAAAGGACUUUGUUCGCUACGUGUUCCGUAAAUACCAUUGUGGGCACAAGGGCCCGAAGACGGUGGAGAUGUGUCUGUGGUACAAAAAGGAACACGUACCUCUGGUGGAGCCUUUGAGCUUCAGCGGCAGUCAGACGGACACCGCUUUGAACCUGUCCUGGCGGCCCAUACCUCUGGAGGCCAGGCAGGGCUUCAUCAGCCACUACACACUCUGUCACACCAAGCACACCAAACCACCGGAACAGGAGCCCUCCCAAGAAGAGUGCCGCAAUCUGAACGCAUCUGAAACAACGUUCCGCCUGGAGAACCUGCAGCCAGAAUCCCGCUACAACAUCACCCUGGCCGGGGCCACCAGCAUGGGCCCCGGGCCCCAGGCCCUUCUCUCCAUCAAAACCUUCCGCUCCGAGAAGUCUCCUGAGGGCAACCUGCCCGUGUGGAUCAGUCUGGGGCUGCUGGUCACCUUCUUCGGGGCCUCCAUCCUGGGCUCCCUGCUGGUGAAGAGAUUGAAGAGCAAGAUUUUGCCGCCCGUACCGGAGCCGGUGAUCCUGUACCCAGCCUUGAUUCAAGCAGAUAAUGAGGAGUUGGAGCAGAGAGAAACCCUGGACGAGGUCUCCAUCCACCAGCCGGUUCUGGGGGGAGAGCACCACUGGUUUGAGGACCAAGAGGAGGACAUGGACCAAUCCAAGACCUUGAUAGGAACUGAUGAAGACCAGACACAGCAGGGUUCCAGAGACUCCUUUGAAAGCCCUGGUGAUCAGGAGGAAGUUCUGUACAGGAACGGUUUGGUGUUCGACAUGAAGGCAGAGGAACUGAGAUCCGGGGACCAAAACACGUCGACAUUGUAAAGGUCUCUCCGUUGGUCACUGGAACUUAUGAUGGUGACGUAAAACUUGUAAGAUGUAGGCCAGUCCAUAGAUGGGAUUCAGGAUUAAAUGGCUUUAUUUGUCAUGUACCAUACAGUGCAGUGAAAUGACGAUAACGUUGUUCUGUUGUAUCUUAAAUUUGAUACUUGGUGCGAGCUAGUAUUUUUUACUUUAAUCAUGGCCAGUGUCAAGUAAACAGAGAAAGAGAACUGUCCCAAGACAUCACUUCAACAAGCUGAUCGUACAGUAUAAUGUCAUUGCUGUGUUGAAAACAACUCUAAAAUACACAGAGUCCACAGUAGUUCAAAUCAUCCCUGUGUGUAUUUGCUUGGCAGCAUUUAUAGAGAAAGAAAAAAUUGGAAGAAAAUCUGCUGCUGUCAGGAAUCGAGUUGCCAGUGAUGCAGGAAGUGGUCUCAACCUGUGACGAUAACCUAGAUGCAGUUGCACUAAAGGUUGCACUUUGUUAACCGCUGGUGAUGCAUAAAAAAAAAUUCCGCUAGAUGUGCUGAAAAGGAAACAACUGUUUUCUCUGGAUUAUGUGGGUUGACUUGCAUGACUGAGUGCAGAAUGAAAUGGCAUGGCUUAAAACCACAGCUUUUUCUUAUCGCAGUUCUGAGGUGAUGGUGCUUAGACCAGAGCUGAUCAGAUGAGAUGUGAUAGGUGUUGUGUGUGGUCAGAUUGAGGUAGAUAGGGAGGAAACACACCACUGAAUGUCUAGACGUAUGAAUUACAUGCCAAUCUGUGUACCCAAAGAUUAAAUAUCUUUUUCUUAUGUUGAUAUUCUA